GUUUCACUGUUUUAGUCAAUUCAGAUUCUAUGAGAUCAGUCAGUUUCAGUUAGAAGAAUAAGUUUGUGUUACUGGUUUUGGCGCUGAUGAUGUGCAGUUGCAUAUUAGUGAAUUAUUGUAGUAUUUAUAAAAGAAUUUGACUGUGAUUUCCAGGAGAAUCAGCAACUAGAUUUGGCAAAGUUAAGAAAGUACGAGUAAAUCAUAAGAAGAGCAGUUGGAUAAAUUAGAAUGUCUCUAAGUGCUAGUGCGGAUAAUUUAACUGCUGACAAUCAGAACUGUGGUGAUGGAGGCAACAUGUGUCUUGAGCUGGCUCUAGAGGGAGAGCGACUCUGCAAGGCCGGCGACUGUCGUGCAGGUGUUGCAUUCUUCCAAGCAGCGAUACGUGCAGGUACUGAUGACUUGCGCACUCUCAGUGCCAUCUUCAGUCAGCUGGGCAAUGCUUACUUCUAUCUUGGUGAUUACAACAAGGCGAUGCAGUACCACCGUCAUGACCUCACACUUGCUAGGACAAUGGGAGACAAGUUAGGAGAGGCCAAGUCCAGUGGUAAUCUAGGCAAUACACUCAAAGUCAUGGGCAAGUUUGACGAGGCCAUGAUCUGCUGCAAACGCCAUCUUGAAAUAUCCAGGGAGCUUAACGACAAGUUGAGUGAAGGCAGGGCUCUGUACAACCUGGGCAACGUAUACCAUGCCAAGGGAAAACACAUCGGCAGAGUUGGACAACAGGAUCCUGGGGAGUUCCCCGAGGAUGUCAGAGCUUGUCUGCAGCAAGCUGUCCAAUACUAUGAAGAGAAUUUAUCCCUGAUGAGAGAGCUUAAUGACACAGCAGCUCAAGGCCGUGCCUGUGGUAACCUGGGUAAUACUUACUAUCUCCUUGGAAACUUUCAGCAAGCCAUCAAAUAUCAUCAAGAGAGAUUAAAAAUUGCCAGAGAAUUUGGAGACAAAGCAGCUGAGAGGAGAGCCAACAGUAAUUUGGGAAACUCACAUAUUUUUUUGGGCGAGUUUGAAACAGCCGCUGAACAUUACAAACGGACGCUGGUGUUAGCCCAGGAGUUGGGAGACAGAGCUGUAGAAGCACAGGCGUACUAUAGUCUGGGCAACACAUACACACUGCUACGUGACUACCCGACUGCCAUAGAUUAUCAUAUCCGUCAUCUCAUCAUUGCUCAACAGCUCAUGGACAGAGUGGGAGAAGGUAGGGCUUGUUGGAGUCUAGGUAAUGCUCACUCAGCCAUGGGGAACCACGAGAAAGCUCUUUAUUUUGCUACAAAACACUUGGAAAUCUCAAAAGAGUUGGGCGACCCACUGGGCCAGGCUACCGCACAGAUGAACGUGUCAGAUCUGCGAAAAGCUCUCGGCAUGCCAGGUGGGGAGUUGUCACCUGACAGCGAACAGCUAGUAGCAUCGUUUGCACAGCCUUCACCAGGUCCUGCAUUGCGCCGUUACCGGGUGAGACGAGAAAGCAUGGAACAACUGCAACUCAUUAAGGAACUUACAAGGGAUGCCACUCUGCAGUUGACUCCUGACGGCAAGAAUCGUACACCAGUAUCGAACAGUUUAAACACCAAUGCAAUCUCAGAGCCUAAACUGGACCACUGCGAUGAUGAAGAUUCAUUUUUCGAGCUGCUAUCCCGGUUCCAGUCAGAGCGUAUGGAUGAUCAGAGAUGCUCCCUUGCUGUGCCCACAGACAACAAGGAGAACAAAGCUCCACUCAUCAAUUCUGCCAAGCUCACACCAAACUCAGAAGCUCAGGACGACCUGCUGGAUCUGAUAGUGGGGAUGCAGAGCAAGCGCAUGGACGAGCAGCGAGUGGCACUUCCACACCUUCCAGGGCUGUGUCCACCACAGGGCGCUGGAGGGGCACCAGAUGAGGGAUUUCUGGAGAUGUUGAUGCGAUGUCAAGGUGCCAGGCUAGAAGACCAGCGCAGCUCUCUGCCUGAAGAACCGCCCCGAGGUGCCACGGUGCCAGAUGAGGACUUCUUCUCCCUCAUCAUGAGGCUGCAGUCAGGGCGUAUGGAAGACCAGCGAGCCACUGUGCCUGGAGCCCUCAAAUAAUCCCACUGGACUGGUUAUUAGUCAAGUUUCACGUUCAUCAGCCCUUUUGUUGUUUUGAACACUGUUGGGUAAAAAACAAAAGUCUGUGACAGCUAAUAUACAAUAAUCCAGGAACUGAUUGCCAAUUUUCAUUGUGUAAGCACGCAAUCUGGUAUUUCUCGAAAUCAAUAUAAAACUUUCCCCUAAGAAAUAAUUGAUUAUCAGGCACACUAGUUUUGGUGGAGGUACAAAGAGGGGUAUAUAAAGGGUUAAAAGUAUGAAAUAAUAUUUUUCUCAGAUUAUAUUUUUCUUAGCUUUACACACUUUAAACCAACCAUCAUACGUAAAUAAGUUAAAUCAGUGUAAGCUAACCAUGUAGAGUGCCUGAAAGUGGUAACUUCUAGGCACUUUAUUUAGUUUAUCGACAAUAUUAUAACUAUUGUUAAUGUUUCUGACGGUCGGUUUUAUGCGUAUCAAGCUUGGAAGAAUAUAAUCUGAGAAAAAAAACUUUAAUUUUCUUAACCCUUUCAAUACCCUCUACCUCCACCAAAACUAGCAUGGCUAAUGAUCAAUUUCUUUCUUUGAGAAUAUUCUGUUGAUUAUUAAGAAAAACCAGAUUGUGUACUUAUACAGCGCAAAUUUGCUAUCGGUUCAUAAAGUACAUAUUUUUCUUUAUUUUCCCAGUAAACUCAUUGGUCUUCCUGCAAACAUGUAUAUGGCAUCAGAAAGUUUUACAUAACAUGCUGGAUUAUAAGAGUUACACUCUAAUGAAAUGGUAAAUUAGAGAAAUUGUCUACCUUAUUUAUUCCAUGUUACAGAAAUAUCUGAUUUUCUCUUUGAAAAUGAGUUUAAAAGAGAAAAUUCAUUUUGAUGUUUAUGCACAGAAUUUUGUUAUUUGGAAACUGUUAUGAUGUAAGAACUGUGAUUUAUUUUUAAAUGUGAUGGUAACUAGCAGUUAUUUUAUUGUAACAAAAUACCACUUCAUCCCUUUUGGUGGUGCUAUUGCCUCUACAUUAACUUGGAAUUGAUCAAUAACUGAUUUGUUUACUUCUUUAAUUAUUGUACAACUUCUCUGUAUGCUUGCAAAAAAUUGUUGAAAGUUUUUUCUUAUCUUGAAUAUGAAUAGUUUUUUUUUUCAAAGAAAAUGAUUACCUGCAACUACAUUGAGGAAGAAAGUUAUUGUGUUUAAUGAGCUAUUAUAUUUUAAACAAACAUUCUUAUAAGUUGAGUUUAAGAUGCAAGUAGUAAUUUCAUUGUUAAAUACUCAUUUAUCGUAUGUUUUCCAUUAAUGACUAAAUUUGUAUAAAUCCAAACCUAACUUUGGUUUAUAUACACAUUUGUAAAUAUUGUUGAUUUUAUUAUACUCUCAACAUUAGUAAUAUUACUAACAACUUGACAUUGGUGAUCUGUACCUGCCUUUCCAAAGAUGAUGAGUUCACCAACAGUUGUAAGUAUUCUAAAGAUGGGAACGAAUUUAUUUACAACUUAAAUAGGCUAGUGAGGCUAUAUCUAUUUCAGUAUUAAUUUAUCUCUUUAACUGCUUAUUGUAGUUUUAUUGAAUACACAUGUAACCGAAUAAUGAGCGAUUCAGAAGCAUAUCUUAUGAAAUCCAUUGUUUUGUUUGUAUACAGAUUGAAACAAUUUGAAAUGAGACAUUUUCAAUGUCACGCAACAGUUUGUUUUGCUAAGCCUAAUUAAUGGGACUAAUAAGGAAACCUUAUUUAUUUGCAGUUACCAAAAUGCAGCGAUUAACCAAACAAAAUUGAAUAAAGAUAAGAUAUUUAACACAUUGCUUAUAUUUUAUACAAUAUAAUUAAUUACAUAGUAACGUACUGCAGAAAAUGUUAUUUUGUAGCUUAUUCGAAGCAAACGUAUACUGUAUUAUUUUAUUGUGCAAUACAAAAGAAUAAGAUAUCAAAUGGGUUUUUAUGCAUAAGUAAUGUGGAUAGUAAUAAACAAACAAAAGUAAUUUUUGUGCCCUUUUGCCAUGUUAUUGAUUGUUGAAAGAAUUUUAAGUACUUUAUUAAUCAUAGAAGUAGCAGCGUGCAGAUGUGGAGCGUUAAGCCAUUGUGGAAAUUAUAUCGCAACAUAUGUAGCUCAUUUACAAGCUUUCAUGUUACAUAACUUUUGAAGGAGUAAAUAUUAUCCAAUUUGUUAGAUUUUCUUUUAUGUUUAGUUUCUUUCCUCUAUUGCUCUUGUGUAAGCUAGCAGCUACAAGAGCUGCCGUGGAGUGAUCAUAUUUAUUGUACAAUGUUUAUUUUCUUAUUUUUGACUAAAGUGAUUAUUUCAAGAUUGAUUUCAGUGAAUGAUACUGUUAAUAAUAGUUUACAAGUCACAUAAAUAAUUAGUGAUGGGCAAAUCCAGAAUUUCCAAAUCUGAUUCUAAAUCUUAAAAAUUGAUUCUUGAAUUACAAAUCAUAAUAGCUCUUUUUUUAGCCUUACUAUGAUUUAAAUAAAAUCAUCAGUAACAAAAUCAUCAGUUAAACAAAAUCCACCUCUGCCAUCCUUAAACCUUAGGAAAUUGUCCGAUAAUAUAAAAAAUAAUCCAGAAAUAGCACUCUAUUUCAAUGGAUAUUGCAGAGGUUCAGAGAGAUGGAUAUAUUAAAUAUAUAACGUCUUUAAGUUACAUAAAUAAUCAGUGGUGAGCAAUAAACGUGGCAAACGUAAAUAUAGAAAAUGUUAACUGCAUGCAAAAUAUUAUUCGUAAUGAUACAAUAGUUUUCAGUUAUAUUUACUGUUUGUAAAACACAAAAAAGUUUUAGCGAUCUGUGAUUUGUGUACGGUUGAUAAUUAUUAACACAAUGGAUCUUCGUAGAUUCAAUUGUUGAUCAAUUCUCUAAUUAGAAUCUUCAUUGAAGAUUCGGGAUUCAGAUUUGACACAUCACAAAUAAAAUUAUUGUGUUUGACUUGUUCCUUGGUAUACUUAAAAUCAGAUAUAAUAAAAAUUCUGGGAUGAAAAUAAAUAUUUUAACAUUUGUGAGUAAGUUCACCUACAAAUAUGUGCAAUGAUAUUUUUAGACCAUAUAAACUAUGGAUCUCUGAAAUCAGCUUGAAAUGUGAAAUGAAAUGUAUAUAUUUAAAUAUUUUAUUUAUACCAGUUAGUAGUUAUAACAUAAAAUUUGGAGAAUAAAGAUUUUUUCACAUACUUUAAAAUAUUUCAAUACUAUUAUAUAGAAAAUUUGGAAAAGAGUGAAUAUAGUUUUCUGAGUAAAGAAAUGUUUAACAUAUUACGUUUGAAGCAUUGGUUGUGGUUACAUACAUUUUUGAAAAAUAUAGGAAAGAUUUAUUCUGUGUCACUACAGAGUUUGUUCUUCACUUCCAGGAUUAAUAAAUAAGUAAUGAAAACUACAUAAAACCUCUGAUUAAUUACAAAUGAUUUAAGUCAUGUUGCUGUGAAUGUUACUGUGUUAAUCAAUCUCAACAGGGACACAUUUCUUGUACGUUUACAUUGUUAGCUAUGAUUUCAGUUAGCUAAGUCUCUAUCGCUCAUCACUUUAUUGCGAAAUAAAGUGUUACAUAAGUGUAAUCAUUAGUAAUGUUAUAAUAAUAAAUCUAGAUAACUUUGCACACAUAAUUUUUGUGUCAAUAUUUUAUCACAUAAGCAUGUAGAUAUUACUUAUUUUUAUUACGUGUACUCAAUUCCAUUUUUUAUACACUUUUGGAUCAGAGCCCCUUUUAAACUUCCUGUUUGUAUGACAUGUGUGUAUUAACAAAGUAAACUAGGCUGUAUUAUUAGAGUAUUAUUUUUAAUGAUUUUAAUCUGUAUUUAUCAUUCUUCUUUUAUCAUUAUGUGAAAUGUUAAAUCAAGUUUAAAAUAUUUGUAUUAUUAUAUAUAAGUAAUACAGAAUAUUCAUGUGUCUUAACUGCCAUAAUAUUUAAGUAAAUAUAGUAAAAAUAAUAUACUUAUAUGUUUUCCAAAAAUGUUGAAAGCUAUUUAUCUCCUCCAAAAAAAAAAAACAUCCAUUUACCUUUAGUUAUUUAUUUGUUGAACAUUUAAACAUUUGAGGUAUCAAAUGUUUGUAUUCUAGGUUUUCUUGAAGUAGGUAAUUAGAUUUAAGUCAAGUCUUAGUUAUCACAAUAUUCUUGUAAUGAACAUUCCCUUUUUCUAAUCCUGUUUGAGUCCAACCCUGGAAUGGAUAUGAUCAAGUUUUUAGAAUAAUACAGGGAUUUGUGCUGGUUUCCGUCAUUAACAUUUAAGAGUUCAUAAAUAAUAUAUGUUGAACACAACAUAUUUUAUUGUGUAAUAUACAUUUUGUAUUAUUAAAUAGCAAAUUAUGUAGCAAAAACACUACUUUAUUCUGUUAUUAUAGCCAAUACAGACAGUGUUUGACAAUCCGUGAGCGAUUUUCAAGUAACAAACCCAAAAAACUAUCAGUUAAGAGACCAACAAAAAUCCUAAUAUACAGUUCAUAUCACUUUCAAGGGUUAAUAACAAUGACUGUUUCUGAUGGAGAAGUUUUAUUAGCCAUAAUGAAAGCCAUAGUUUUCCUUAGUGCCAUUUAGAUCUUAUACAAUUUUGACUGAAUAGUUGAAUUUUAUUUUUAACAUAAAUUGAUUGAGUAGAAUAAUUAAAUAUGAGGGUGAAAAAUUAAAUUUUUGUUUUGAAGUGGAAAUAUGUUUCUGUAUCUCUGUGCAAGUAUUAGCCAUAGGAAGUGAAUAGCAAGAACAUAAAUAAAGGGUUUUUAAACUUGUUAUUUUAACUAAAUUUUAUAUUAUUUGUAUCAUGUUUAAAGUUUUGAACCACAAUUGAUUCAUAGAAAGUGCAUUUAAAGUUAAAUGAAGUUAUUGUAGGAACCCAUUGACAGUCCGAUUUUAACGUUGGGUCUCAUUUACGAUGUGAAUAAUACACAUCAAGAUGCUUUGCUAUUUCAAUACUGUUAUUGAUCAUUCAGAAAAAAUAUGUAGGCAAUGGUUAAGACUCGAUAGUCGGGUAAUGGACGAGAGAUUGAUAAUCUUGCUGUCAAUGGUCAGCCUCAUCUCAGAUAAAUGUAGGCCAAAAAACUUGUGUUUGUUGAAAUGUUUUACUCAAAACUAAAACGUAACAUAUAUUUUGUUCCUCAAAAUGUUUGUGCCAAACAGAUUUCUUGUAUAUAUUUUACUAAGCAUAGUUGUCUUGUAAAUCUCUUAAGAAGGAUACCAAUUAGAGAAAUAAGUAAAGUCAGGCAGUCAGUAGUCAGAGAGAAUGUGAAAGGAUGCUGAAUAUUCUGUUUGUGAUAGAGUUAACAACUCACAUGUUUUCUUGCUAAACCACAAGAAACUUAUAUAUACAUGAUGGAGAAUUAUAAAUAUGGCAAUGACUUUCUGAUUAACUCUACUCCCACCAUUUUUUUUACUAUUUUACGUAUUAACUAAUUUCAACAAAAUGCAUUACAUUUUAUUAAGAUUAACAUCUUUUUAAUAGAGAAUAAUUAAAUUAUUUCACAUUCAGUGCAGUUUUAUGUUAUUUGUGCAGUGUGAAUUUUUGAAAUAGAAUAGAUCUGCAUGUAAACACAUUUUUACCAAAGACACAAUCUUUGACUUUUCAAUAUAAAAACGGGUCUAAUUAGAUAAUCUAUUGUAAAUGGUCCAUUGUUAGAAAAAUAAUAAGCUUUAAUCGUCUCAAGUUUUCUAACAGUGAUGUGCAUGUACGUAUAUUAGAAUGUAAAAUAUUAGGUUUAAUAUUAUAUUGUAAUGUUAAAAAAAUCAUAUCUAAAAAUAUUUAUUUUUUCAUUGUAUUAGUUAACAUUUAAAAUAUAGUAUAUACUUCCCAUGGUUAUUUUCUAAGUUAUGAAUAUAAAUGCAAGAAUAAUAAAAUAUUAACAUUUUCA